AGUAAUUUGUGCAGUCUGUAUUAGCAGUUUCUUUCAGUGGUUUUUGUCGCUUGAAAAGACAUCAUGAUAUAAUUUGACGGAGCACACUUAAAUAUCGGCCUCUAAAGAAGAAACUUAUAGAUUUUAAAGACAAAAAAUUUAACAAUUACGAUAAAAUUGAUCUUUUCGGAAGAAAUAGAUAGAAGUGAACAUGGAAGGGACUGGAAUGCUCAGUGAUGUUCCUGUCAAGCAGGAUGGAAGAAAACUUUGGCAGUAUCUCUCUACAGCAGCUGCUUCCAUAUUGUCGAUUGGCGUCGGGACAGCUCUAGCAUGGACCUCUCCAGUCUUCGCAUUGUUAAGAAAAGAAGAAUCAUUUUUAAAAUUAUCAGAAACAGAAGAAUCUUGGGUAGGUUCUCUACUCGCUAUUGGAUCAAUAGUAGGGGCCAUUCCAGCUGGUAAAAUAGCAGACAAAAUAGGCCGAAAAAAAACUAUUCUUUCUCUGGCUGCACCCUUUCUGCUUUCCUGGACCAUCAUCGUUUUCGCCAAAACAGUUAUAAUUCUCUGUAUCGCCAGGUUUAUAGUCGGAAUUGGAGUUGGCGCAUCUUGUGUUCUUGUGCCAACUUAUAUUUCUGAAAUAGCAGAAGCAUCUGUUCGUGGAACUCUGGGAGCAAUUUUUCAACUCUUUCUCACUGCUGGUAUCGUAUUGGCUUUCGUCAUGGGAUCAAUUUUAGAUUAUACUGGAUUUGCAGUAGUCUGUGGAAUAAUAGAAAUUAUCUUCCUAGUAUGUUUCUUUUGGAUGCCAGAAUCACCAGUUUGGUUGGUGGGUCAAAGUAGAAAACAAGAAGCUUCGAUAGCUAUGACCAUUUUGAGAGGAGAUGUUUAUGAUCCAAGUGGAGAAAUAAGCAGUAUGGAAAGAGAAGUUGGCAAAGCUUCUUCAAAGAAAAGUUCUGUAUUUGAUUUGAUUAGAACAUCUGGAACCAGAAAAGCCACUUUAGCAUGUUUAGCUGGAAUGGCAUUCCAACAAUUGUCGGGUGUUAAUGGGGUUAUUUUCUAUACAAGUCAGAUAUUUCAGGAUGCAGGAAGUUCUAUGGAUCCUGACCUUGCUUCAAUUUUGGUGGCAACAGUGCAGAUGAUAAUGGCUGGGGUAGCAGCUCUGAUAGUCGACAGGGCUGGCAGAAAACCUCUCUUGAUAAUUUCUUGUGCGCUUUCAUCCAUGAGUUUAGUAGCAAUUGGAGUUUAUUUCCAACUUAAAGACAGUGGAAAUGACGUUAUUACUAUAGGAUGGCUACCGCUCUCUUCGUUAGUCAUCUUCAUGAUUGCAUUCUCAAUAGGAUUGGGACCAAUUCCAUGGAUGCUGACAGGUGAAUUAUAUACUGCCGAACUGAAGGGAACAGCCACCAGUUUAGCUGUAAUGGUCAACUGGUUUUUGGUAUUUUUGGUUACCAAAAGCUUUCCUCAAAUGAAAACUACUCUCGGACCUGCAAUUUCUUUCUGGAUUUUUGCAGGCAUAAUGGGCGGGGCAACAGUAUUUACUUUAUUCUUUGUGCCAGAAACAAAAGGAAAGAGUAUGCAAGCUAUUCAGAAUGAAUUAAAUGGUAUAAGAAUAUCCAAACCGGUUUAGAAUUUCAAAAGCUCUAUGUUUAAUUUGUAUCUUGUAUAGAAUAAUGUAAAAAAUUUAACCCUAUAAUUUCAUUCUACCAAAGUCUGUUAUCAGUUUUCAUUAUAAGAUAAGAGUCACUCUUUCUAGGAACGUAGUUUUUUAAGAUUUCUAUUAGAGUAUGAAAAAUGUAUGUUUUAUUUGGUGAUAUCUCCUGAUAUAUCAUUGUAUAAUAAGCUCUAUAAGUGCCUUUAGAACAAACAUUUCUGCCGAUCUAAUGAUAGCAGAAGCUACCGGUAUUUCUCGUGUAAUCUGUAUUAUUUACAACGUGAGUCAACGUAUAAUACUGAUAUAAUGUAGUUAUAAGUAAUAAGGUUAGAUCUCUAAUUAUGGAUCUACAGUAUAAAAGUGUGUAUGUGCGUUUAAAUUAGAUGCAUUUUUUAAAUUUUUAAAUAGAAUAACCAAUUUACGAUUUAGAUAUUACACAUUGUUAUAAUAUAUACUUAAGCGAACAUUUAAAUUGUUAAUUCGAUUUUGAAAUAUAAUUAUGAAAACACUUAAUUACUGAAUUAGUAUAUGUAAGAACUUUUUUUUCAAUUCGAACGAAUUCCAACUAUACUGCGAAACGUUUCAUCUCAUUUAUGAUCAUGUACUUGUCGUGAAAUUAUAAACUCAUCUUUAUGUAUAAUUGAGAAUGAUGCUGCCUCACAAUAUGUUCCUUUCCAGAAUAAAAUAUAGGAACGAUAAUUAUUUUUUAAGAUUGUUUAAGUAUUGAUGUGCUUA